GCUGCCAGACGUCCGUAGGGCGGCGAUACGGAAGCGGAAGUUCAGCGUGCUCUGGUUAUGGUGGUGGUGGUGGUGGGGGGGGGGUACCACGUGAGCUCUCUACUGGGUACAGUGGUGGGCGCUACUGGGAAUGGUAGAGUCAGCCCCGGGGUGGGUGCUGGGCAGAUACCAGCGAGGUGUGGUGGUCGGUAGCAGGGGAAGUGGCAGUGGGUGGUGCUCGGAGGGGACGCGCUGGUAGGGGUAGUGUGUGGUACCGGUCAUAGCGGUGGGUAGGUCGGACCGGGUCUGGCUGGGUGCUGGGUAGUACUGGCUGUAGUCAGCUGUUCCUGUCAUGGCUGCAGGUCUUCCGGAUUUCGUUGCGUAACGGCGUGUUGGUUCUUUUAGUCUCCGUUCGUGCCGCUGCAGAGGCCGCGGUGUUCCGCUCUCAAAGCCCGGACCCGAACCCUCCCGAUACCGCAGCAUGACGGAGCCAGGCUGCCAUACUUCACGGUUUUAGCUGCUACGUUCUGGUCACGGAGCUGCGCCGGAAUACAUUUCAGGUUUGGAUCGAAACCAAAGCUGCACAACGGGACAUUCUGAGCCGAUCCACCAGAACCAAAACCUUCAGCCGGAACCUUUAGCCUCCCGUCAUGUUGACUGAAAACAGGAAGCGUCGUCGUAGCUGUGACAGUGAGGAGGACCAGCAGCUGAACCCUCAGGCCAAGAGGUCAGGAGGAGGUCACGAACUGCUCGUGUCUGACUUGGAUUCAGAGCAGUCAUCCAGCAGUGACAGUAAUGGUGGAAUCAGUAGCCCGGAUAGUACAGCAUCAUCCGCCAAAAACACCCUCAGCCCGCAGCCGGAGGACGCCGCCAGAGCCUCGCUGCAGGGUUUCCAUGGCGACAGCAGCUGCAGCAGCAGUGUCUCCUACGACCACAUCAACAGAGUCUUGAGGGAGGCACACUUCAGCAGUCUACAGACAAGGAGUCGACUGCAGUCGACAUGACAGUGACCUUGUCCCUCUGAUAUGUUUGUUUGUAUGUGUAUUGUGUGUGUGUGUGUGCGUGUGCGUAUAUGUACACAGUGUGUGUGGUGGGAGGUUAUGGAGUUUACAGAUAUUGAGCAUGAAGGCCCAUCCCAUGUUUUCACCAUGUUGUCCAUGUGUGGAGACUGUGAGCACACCUGCCUUCCAUGGCCCGGGCACUGUGGUUCUGUGCUGUGUUGUGUAUGUGUGCAUGUGCCCCAAAGCACUUUUUACACAGGGGUGUUCUUCUCUUUACAUGUAUGUGUUGAUGUGUGGACAUUUCAUCGGUGCUAUUUAUAAGACUCUAUGAUCCAGAGUGCUUGCAGUGCUAAAACAAAUCCUAAGCACUUUAUUCACCCCCUCCCCCCACCCCUUGUUCUUCUUAAGACCCGGCAGGCUCCAUGUGGUGUGUUUUCACAUGCAGUGCAUUGUUUCAGAGUUGUUGAUGUUCACUAGGACCGAUCCAUUCUUUCCCAUGGAGCAUUGUUCAAAGAAGCACACAGUCACAUUUGACACUGUGCCUGAGAGCCAAAUGAAAGCAGACCUUUUCCACCAACCUUCUAAAUAUGGCCGACAGCCUGUCUGGGUGUGGCAGCAGCCAUGGUGUCCGGGGUAAUAUGAGAUUUCUGAACAUAUGUGAAACCUGCCAUGAUGUCAUGGAAAAUAAGAGAUUUCCUCUGAGCGUCACCACCCACACCCAACCUCAAAUUAGAACCCUGGCCAGUUCUGGAUUCCUACGAACAACACGGGUCUGCAGAUUAAGCGGGGGUGCGUUCAAGAACAUAGCGCUCGUGACUGAAGAGACUGUUUGCUUCGGUGUGUGGGAACGAGUGUGUACUUUCUCAUCAUAUUUGCACAUUGUGUGUGUGUGUUUUCAAAGCCUGCCUCCCAUACUGGUCUAUGGCCUGUGCAGUAUGACCAAUACACUGUGUUUCAGAGUGAAUAAAUCAGG